AUGUUUGCAUCAUAUUAUAUGGUAGUGAUUGCUUUGCCGUUGUAUAUCGCGCAAAUAACGGUAUCGAAUGAUGGAAAUCUGCCAAUGCAAGCAGACAUAAGAAAUGACAAGGUAAUAACGACUGUGGCUAAUGACAGUAAGGCGAAUGAAAAAUGGUUCAAAUGUGAGGUAUGCGAUAAGCAAUUCGGACGUGCAGACAAUCUGAGACGCCAUAUGAGGAUACAUACCGGUGAAAAAAUCUACAUGUGUAAGGAAUGCGAUAAACAAUUCGCAUAUGCAAGCAAUCUGAAAUGCCAUAUGACGAUACAUACUGGCGAAAAGAAUUACACGUGUAAGCUAUGCGAUAAGCGAUUCGGACGUUCAAGUAUUCUGAAGUGCCAUAUGAGGAUGCAUACCGGUGAAAAAAAAUACAGAUGUAAGAUAUGCAAUAAGGAAUUUAGACAAGCACACCAUCUGAAAUAUCAUUUGUGGAUACAUACCGGUGAAAAAAAUUACAUGUGUAAGGUAUGCAACAAAACAUUCAAUCAGCAUUCAAGCCUGAAGCGACACAAACUGACACACGACAAUGUGAGAUUCAAAUGUAAGCAAUGUAGUAAGAAUUUCGCUCGAACGGAAAGUUUGAAAAAACACGUUAAAAUGCAUGAAAGUUCGAGUGAAAAGCUGUAUUCUACAUCGGACGAUCUAAAUCGAAGCAAAUCGACGCACAAGGUAGUACGACCAUUCAAAUGUGAAAGGUGCGAUAUAGCAUUUAAAGAGCGUCACCAUCUGAAACGCCAUAUGAAGACACAUAUGGUCGAAAGGACACUGAAAUGCAAUGGAUGCGACAAGGUAUUCAAAUACCGUUCAAAUCUGCUGCGACACAAAUUGACGCACGGCAACGUACGAUUUGAAUGUAAACAGUGUGGUAAGAAUUUCAUUCGAAAGGAUUAUUUGAAAGAACACAUGAAAAUACAUAAAAGUUCAAGUGAAAAGCUCUAUUCUACAGUAAAUUCUUUAAUGACAUCGAUAGCCGAAGAUAUCAUUGACACGGAAAUAUUAAUAAUGAAAAUCCUUGAAUUCAAAUGCUAUUAA